AUGAAUAUAUCUGUUGAAAUUAAAUGACUAAGUAUCAAAAAGCUCUUCAAGUGCCCAAGCUGCUGGACUAUAGCUGACUUAAAAAACACAUAUGCGUGAAAUCUAAAAUUGGUGGAUCCUGAAAUUAGAUUUUAUGCAGAUUCUCACUAUUUCUCAGAAAUCAAAAUAAAAGAUAAGCAACUAUACCAAGUUUCAUCUGGAAAUAAUAAUCUGAGACUUUGAGCAUUAAUAGAAUUUCCCAAGCGUUGCAGAAUUGAAAUCAGCAUUAAAACUAAUUAUGGGGCUGCCUUUAAAGAGCAUAUAAAUCCGGCAAUAACACUUGCUAGUCUUGAAAAAUUGGGAGCUAUUUUUAGGAAGGCAAAAAACUGCAAAAAUGGCAAAGCAAGCAAAGAAGGCAAAAUUUUCGAAAAAAUUGAAAAAGUUAGUAUAAAUCGAAAUCCAAUGCAUUUGGUAUACGACCCUAAACUCUUGCCAAAAUUAAUAUGAUUUUAUAUUGGAUUAUGAAGGUGUCAGACAAAAUUUUGCCAAUUUUGCUGGCUUUGCCCUUUUUUUGCCUUCUCCAAAUAG